CCUAUGUGCCAUGACAGUUCCAUCCAUGACAGUUUUUAGGUGCGUGUGACGUUUGUGGACGUAUAAAAAUACUUUUAAGUAAAUUGUGGCAAAUUUGUAAUAAUAAUGGACAAAAUUCCAGACCAAAUUGGUUAUUUGGUGUUAACUGAGGACGGCGCAGUCCUGGAAUCAGGUGGGGAAUUGGAAAACGACGAACGUGUUGCUACUAUAGUUACUGAUCUUAUUUCCUUAUCUGGAAAAGUCGAUCCUGUUGGUUUUGCCUCUAAUGAGCUAUUCAAGAAGAUUUCUAUAACGUAUGACGAUCACUGGUUUGUUAUAUGUCUUUCCAAUAAAAAGGUUUAUGUUGUUAAGAGAAGCAUAUCAUCAUUGACCACAGAGGGAAACGCUGUCAGUGUUUGAUGCUUGUUGUCAAUAAUUUACUAAAAUGGGACGAAAUUUAUUAAUGAGUAGUUUGGAAAAUGCAUCAUUCAAUAUUAUAUUCCAAAUUCUGUUCAGAUGUAUCACUUUUAUUAUCAACGCCUGGGUGAUUAGAAAUGUUGGACAUGAAGUCCUGGGAAUAAUGAAUGUCAGAUUAUUACUGUUAGAAAGCACUAUAUUAUUUCUUAGCAGAGAACCUUUUAAUAGGGCUUGUUUAGGUCAGAAAGAUGCAUUGAGCUGGAAUCACAUCAUCAAUCAAAUAUGGCUUGCUGUACCUAUUAGUUGUAUUUUGUCAUUACUAUUUGUGUACAUUUGGUUAAAUAUUUUACCACUUGGUCAUCCAGAACAUGCAUUCCAAUACACAUUUGGAUGCUGGAGUGUAGCACUGUCCUGUGUUCUUGAACUUACUUCUGCAAACAUGGCCCUAGUGGCUCAACUUUUUUGUUUUAUUAAACUGAAAGUGGCUCUUGAUACUCUACAUAUUUUUGUCCGAACCAUAUUGUUUUUGUCAAUAAUAAUGUAUGACAGAUCAUUAGCACUAAUAGCAUUUUCAGUAGCUCAAGUUGGUAGCAUUGGAGCUAUAGUUGUAAGUUAUUAUAUUUUUUUCUACUGGUAUAUUAAAAAUAAAUCGUUAUAUGCAAAAGGUGCAUUGAAACAUAAAUUAUUAUCUGAUUCUAUGAUGCAUAGACUAUACGAUAAUAUGGAUGACUUUCAAUUUACUUCUAUCAGAGAGUUCUUUCCAAAAUAUUUAGGGUCCAUAAAUGCUACAUUCAAUAAAAAAUUAAAUACACUCACCAUUAGUUUUGCAAAGCAAGGUGUUGUAAAACAAUUAUUAACAGAAGGAGAAAAAUAUGUUAUGUCCGUAAGUCCCGUCAUGACAUUCUCAGAGCAAGCCACCUAUGAUGUUGUUAAUAAUUUGGGUAGUUUAGCAGCUAGGUUUAUAUUCAGACCUAUUGAAGAUAGCAGUUACUUCUAUUUCACUCAAAUGGUAAGCAGAGAAUUACCUUUGCAUAAACAGGAUCAGCAUAAAGUUCAAGAGUCAUGCACAGUACUAUCUCAAGUAUGUAAGACUGUGAGCUCUAUUGGUUUAAUAGUACUAGUUUUUGGCCAAAGUUAUUCAAAGACAUUGUUAUUGUUGUAUGGUGGAGAGGCAUUUGUUGCAAGCGGAUUGCCAGUUCAACUGCUUAGAAGCCAUUGUUUAGCCAUUGUAUUGUUAGCCAUUAAUGGUGUUACCGAAUGCUACACUUUCGCCACCAUGACAAGUGCACAACUAAAUAGCUAUAAUUAUUUGAUGGUAUUUUUUUCAAUAAGCUUUUUGUUGUUGUCCUAUGUGUUAACUUAUAUUUUUGGACCAGUUGGUUUUAUAAUAUCUAAUUGUAUUAAUAUGUUUGCAAGAAUAGUACAUAGUAUUCAUUUUAUCAGUAAUAAAUAUAAAGAUACUGAUCAUAAACCUUUAGAAGGAUUGUAUGUAGGUAAUUUCUUUUUGUUAACCUUGUUUGUUGUCGGAUGUGUUUGUAAAUUAUCUGAAAAUAAACUAUUAAACAGUUCUAUUAUCAGUCACAUAUUUGUUGGUGCAGUAUGUUUAUUUUUAACCCUUUUAGCAUGGGGUUAUGAAAACAAAGGUCUUGUUAUUAAGAUGUAUAAAAAGAUAUUUAGUAAAGAUGUUAUGAAAGUUUCAAAAGACUAGCAUUCGGUUAUCAUAAAGUUACUGUAAGGUGUAAUGUAUAAUACUUUGUAUAUAUUAUGAAGAAUUAUGUUAUUAAAUAAAUAAAAUAUCACUUAAGUUAAUUUUUUAAUUUACAAAUACAAGAACAUUUUUUGUAAUAAUAAGUGGAUGUCGCGAAUGUAUGUUUGUAUACAGAUAACAUUGUAUUAGUAUUGAAAUGGUUCAAGUAGGUCGAAAACUAAAUUGA